AUGGAUUCAUCUGAUCCCUGCAUUAAUGCUCACCAUCUAACGCCGUCCCCAACCCCGCCUCCAACGCCUUCAACACCUUCAACGCCGGACCCCUUUUCGACACGGACCGACAUCCCUUCCGAAGACGAAGCGAAACAUGAAGCAGCGCUUCGGCAUCAUUUCCGUGGCUGGGCGCUCUCCGAACGGAGCAGAGAUACUGGUUCUUGGGCCUGGCUAUUUGGAUAUGACAUUCAAAAGGACGAUCAGCGCAGAUGGGUCUGUCAAGCCUGUAUUCGCAAGAAGGACCCUUGCCCGGGAAAUUUUGACUCCGAUGGCAUUCAAAACGCGUAUAAUCACUUAUUUACCGAACAUGGAAUUCGCGCUCCGUCCAAUAAGACGAAGGGAACUGCUGAAAAAAGAGCUGAUUCUAUUGGUGCUAAAGCGAAGGGGCAAAGGUCCAUCGUGGAUGUCAUGAAGCUUGACUUGCACAAUCCACGAGAGCAAGCAAUUGCGAACACUUUUAUCAAGCGUUUCGACCGCGAUCACUUCCAACGGCUUCUAAUGAAUUGGAUUGUCGCCAGGAACCAUUCUUUUUCCAUCGCAGAAGAAGACGAACUGCGAGAAAUAUUCGACUACUUGAACCCGUCCGUCUCCGUUCGUGGCGCCAAUCUUACCCACACGACAAUCAAAGAAAAAGUUGCUGCAGCUUUCGAACAGCACAAGCAGAAGGUUGUUGAGGUACUCGGCAAGGCACCGGGCCGUAUCCACAUCUCAUUUGACGGCUGGAGGUCUGGAAAUCGACAUGCUUUAUAUGGAGUAUGUUGCUUUUUCAGGGACGAAAAUAACAAGCCUUGCAAGCUUACGAUAGGGGUCCCUGAACUCAGCGUCAGCCACGCAGGCACCAACAUUGCGACCGAAAUCCUCGACGUUAUCGAAGCCUAUCAGAUUCAAGACAAAAUUGGUUAUUUCACACUGGACAACGCGGAAAACAACGAUACGGCUAUGGAGAUAAUUGGUGGAGAGCUGGGCUUCGUUGGCAAGUCCAGGCGAGGGCGCUGUUUUGGCCCUACUCUAAACCUGUCGGGCAAAAGCAUACUUUUCGGCCACAGAGCUGACGCGUUCGAACGGCAGUUAUCAGGGCAGAUGCCUCUAUCAGAGGCUGAGCACUUGCUCUGGCAGAAAAGGGGUCCAGUGGGCAAGUUGCACAAUAUUGUGGUCUUUAUCCACAGAUCUGACAAGCUGACUUACAUGCUGCGAGAGCUCCAACGGACCGCCUUCGACCAGUCGCCUGACCUCAAAGUCAAGACUAAGAAGCCUUUGGACGUUGUUCUGGAUAAUGAUACUCGAUGGCUUUCGCAAUUGUAUAUGAUCCGACGAGCGCUUCAAUUGCGUGACUAUAUUGAACUGCUUAUUGCGCGAUACCGGGUCGAUUUCGAACAACAACAUAGAUCGAAAAAGGGUACCGUGAAGAGGUCCGCCAAACUGCCGUAUAUUUGUGAGCCAGAGCAUCAGUUGUCCGACAAGGACUGGGAGGUUCUCGAGAUCUUUUCGCAGCUUCUUGGCUAUUAUGAAUGCACGAUCCAGAUGCUUGAAGGCGAUGGCCAAAUUCGCCAGCGGAAGCGUGGGUGGAUGGGUUCAUAUGACUACCUGCUUAUUGGCACUAAUAAUGAUUCUAAGGCUACCAGUGGUGAACCUGGAACACUUUCGGCAUUUCCGGCUUCACAUCUGAAGCGUAAUGUAGCUCUAGGUAAUUUAUCCCUGCAAGGUUAG